AUGUCAGGAAUGUUUAACAGCGGAGACUCUUGUGGACCAUCAAAUCCACUGCAGGGUCUGGUGAAAGCUGGAAGUGUGGACCGAUCACAUCAGCAGGAUCGGUUUGGACAGCAACAGCAACAGCAGCAGCAAGCAGCUUCAGGGUUUAGAACUGUAGCAAAUGGACAGCAAGGUCAUUUGCAACAGGAUUUUGAAAGAUUUGUUGGUGGAUCAGGAGGAUUCACUGAACAGCAGCAGCAGCAGCAUGUAGCAUCGUCAUCAUUUGUUACACCACCGCAUAUGGUGGGCCCGUCACUAAAUCAGUUACAGAACCAGCAUCAACAACAAGGAGGUCCCGAUUGGGUGCGCGACUUUUCAGGCAUGUCGUUGGAGCAGCAGCAGCAGCAGCGGCCUAUGGGUCAGCCUAUGGGUCAACAUAUGGGUCAGCAGACUGGGGGGUCAGUUGUUGGACAAAAUGCAGGGCCAGGACACAUGAGUAAUUGGCAUACAGAGUUUCUACAACAUCAACAUCAACAUCAACAUCAACAUCAACAUCAACAUCAACAUCAACAUCAACAUCAACAUCAACAACAACAACAACAAAAUUCACAGAUUCUUAAUCAGUAUGGUGGGGUGUCAGGAUAUAUGGGACCAGGUGUGAUGAGAACAAGUGGGGUUUCUAGUGCAACAACAGCAGCAGGAUUGGCGACUACGGGUUCCAAAGAAGCCGAACUUGCGAUGUUUGAAGCCGCAUUUAGCCAUGUGGAAAAGCAGUUAGAACAAGAUUCUGUGACGAAAAUAGCAACAGAGACCGGUACCAGUAUAAAGGGGGAUGUAAAUACGGUAUCUGAGGCUGUGGCUAUGGAGAGGAUUAUUCCGGAUCAACAGAAAGAAGAGAAGGAGAAUGUUCAUGUAGAUGAAAACACAGAGCUUUCUCAGAUUGCAAGACAUAUUAUGACGAAUAUGGAUCAAAGUAAUGAGAAACUGCAGGCUAGUAAUUUUAUGUUGUUGAUGCAGCAGCUGGGGAGUCAGGCUGCAAGGUUGGAGGGUGAAGCGUUUGUUGAUACUACUACCGGGGCAGAUGUGCGUGAGCAAUUUAUAGAUGCAGAGACCCAACGGGAGUAUGUUGCAGAGGUUAUUCGGGGUACGAAUGAAGGUGGUAUUAGGAGUGAUUUUAUGGGGCCAAGAGAAGGUAUGAGUCAAUCUGAGCCUCCAGCAGUGGAGCCAUCAACACGAGCACCGUUAGGGGAUCCAUUAGCGGGUGUUUCGGAUGGAGAUUUUGCUGGGUUAUCAUCGUUUGAAGCUGCACAACGGAGUUUUGGGGGGGCAUCAGUUGGAGCGUGGGAGGAGGAGAAUUUUUGA